GUUUUCUUCCGUUUAAUCCGAGCGGCGAGUUUCUUCGCAUCGAUCCAUCUUUGCAGGGCUCGGUGCUUGCCUGUGGUGUUUGGACGAGGAGGGUGCAGCACUCCCCCCCCGCGUCGCCCGCGGUUAUCUCCCUUCUCCCGCGAACGGUGCUUACUCGCGUGGUUUUUACGAAUCUCUCUGCUCCUCCAGCUUCGUGGGCCACGUUUUCCGCGACGGUGGUUACCAGGUGCAGUUUGCCGCUUUGCAUUGCUGCCGCGGGGACAAGGUCCACAUACACCUCUCGCCACUACCACCGUCUGUGCAUCCUCACCGCCACGCUGAGCCAGCGCGGCGGUGAGUUGCACCUUGGGACACCACCCACCUACUAUCUGUUGUGGCCUGGUUCGCCCGCGAGGGACUCACAAGGUCGAUUUCGGCCCCGGCCGGGGAGCAGGCCGGGGAGGGGAGGAGGCGUCAAAGCAGCUUGCGUCGUAGCAGCAGCAGCAGCAGCAGCGUCGGCUUCCGGGUCCCCCCCAGCGGUUGCCUCGGCGAGCGUCGCCAGGUCACCAACACCACCCAUUACCCAGAGAACUCAGCACCGUAAGCAGGCACCCAAUGGCAGAACCCCAGCCACCGGCGGCGGCAGGGGAGGCGGCGGGGGACGGGGCCGCGGGCUCAGCGGCGGCGGGAGGCGGGGGCGAGGAGGACGGCUUCAUCGACGCCGGAGACGUGACCUACACGCCCUACCGCCCGGCCAAAGUCAGGGUGGGUGCACCGUCUCUCAUCUGCGCGGCGUGCGAANACACGUCCCUGGCCGCUGUGCCACCGCCUGAUGUCACGUACGAGGCACACCAGGCGAAGUCCUCCCUGGAGCAGCUGAGCAAUGUCCAGAUGGAAAGCGUCAUCUACGCCGGGCAGCAGUUCAGCAAGCCUCACCUCAAGGACGGGGAGCGUGCGGGUUUCAUAAUCGGUGACGGGGCCGGCGUCGGCAAGGGGAGGCAGCUCGCGGGAAUCAUCAUGGACGCGUGGAUGCAGGGGUAUAAGCGCCACAUCUGGUUCACCAUAUCGCCAGACGUGCUCCACGACACCAAGAGAGACUUGCGAUACGUUCAAUACACAUAUUUGAUUAUUUCUGCUCCAUGACACUAAAGAGAGACUUGAAGUGAGCGAAAUGUUAGUGUCCCUCCUACACGUUUUCCGCUGUUUUCCCGUGUGCUUUCUCCUCAUUGUUAUUUGUCUGGUGUGCUCCAUGACACGAAGAGAGACUUGAAGUGAGUUUUGUUCCCUGUGCCCUGAUCUUUUUCGUUCCCUCUUUUUUUUUGUCCUCCUUUUGCAAUUGCCUGAUGUGCUCCAUGACGCGGAGAGACUCGAAGCGAGCCAAACGUUUCUCCCACGCCUUUUUUCCUUUUUUUUUUUUUAGUUUUAUGCUCGUUUUUGUUAUCUGGUGUGCUCUCCGACACGAAGAGAGACUUACUGCACUUCGUCUGGACCGAUGAACCUGAACCAACAACCUCAACAACGCAUCACCGUUGCUCACGAUGCGCCUGGGGGUAUGUAUGUAUGAACCACUACGCCCGAUGACCCCCCCUCCGUGCUGACAUGGCAGUAUCGCAUGUGCGGUAUGGGAAAGGAGAGGUUUACCGAGAAUAGCCUGGAAGGCGAAGUGGGCAAACAAACAGAGCGGUAGACAACCCACGGAAUGGGUCCAGGUUGUAGGUGACGUGUGGAAUGGGUUCGAAACUGACGAAGGCGAUACGCUGGAUACGGAGGGUCUAUAAGGGUUCAAGGAGAAGAUGUCUGUUGCUUGUGCCGAGAGAGAAGCACAUAAUCUACGAAAUGAAACCAAGGAUACAAGGAGGGUCUAGACUAGACGUGUACGGAAUGUUGAAAGAAGGAAAGGUUCAAGGAGUACCUACUGCAUGGAAAUGGUGAAGGACAAAGCUGAAGGUCAAACUCAGGACCGGGGACACUGGCCUUCGAGAACGUAGCCGGAGAUAUAGGAAGGUAGACGAUGAAGACGCCAAGUUCAAAUGUGAUUUCGGCUCCGAGUGCGAAGACCGUGUUCAUGUAGAGUCAAUUGUACGAUAUGAAGAGGGAAGUGUACAUGACGGAG